GGCUGUUUAGGAUCUCCUGCCGCCAGGGCUCCGUGUUUCGCUACAGGCACCCUUUUCAGCUGCGACGUCAGCUCGCAUUACAGCAAAUCAGUUACGAUUUGUUUGCAACGAUUCGUGGCACCUGACAGAUGGAUGAGCUCUGAGGAAGACGAUGCGUCCCAACACGGCUCCCACAUGAGGAAGCGCGCACUAGGACGGCCAGUCGCGGCGAGCACGCCUAGUCGCAGCGAGCGCAAAUUAUGCCAAGGCGCAGUAAACUCGGUUACACUCACGUCACUCAUACGUCUAAUCGAUAACCUAGCGGCGCGCACAAGGAAUAGAGUGAGAAGGAUGGCCGGUGCUUCGUAAAGGGCUCGGGAUAUUCAAACACGUCGUGCUUCAAGGCAGGCCUGCUUCGGAGAAGCUCCCCCUGGGCAGCUGGGAAGGCCGUCCCCUCGCGCCACGCCUUCUGCGCACGGCCGAGGGACAACAACGCAGCAUGUGACGCACUGCUCGGGUCAUGAGCCUUGUAGCAAUCAGUGAAACAGUUGCCCGCUUCAGGGGGGAGGGAGGGGUAGGUGUGGCUAGGGGCGGGGCCCUGGACCUGUGAACAACAACAAAAUGCACUGGCGCUUGGGUGCGGGGCGCGUCGUCUAGCUGGGCCCGCUCAACCUGGUUGCGGAUUAGCCAGUGGCCCCAUCUGCGAUUCACAGGCAGCCGAGCGGAAAACGGCGACGAGCGAUUUGAACUUCCCGACGUGGCCACAGGUAAGCAGCUGUCGCGCUGACUAGCGGGGCAGCAGCGGCCUGCCAGAUCGGCUGGCCGCCCGCCCAAGGACGCAAACACAGUGAGACUCAGGAAACAUCAUUCUAAGGGCUACGUUCUAGCGCGCCAUGAGGAACUGGCAGAAUGGCUACGAUUGGCGCGCCAUCUGUGCGCGCUCUGCUGGGAGACCGCCCGUGCCCAUUGAGGCAUUGCGUGCGGAACAGAAGCACGCGUGUGCGCGUGAUUCCCGGGCGACGCGGCAGGCGGACAGCGCCGUGGGGUAAACCACAAAUGCGGCACCGCCACCGCUACGAGGAAGAUACAGGGGAGGAGGAGGAGGAGGAGGGUGAAAGUGGGGGUCGGGCGCGGGGUCCCGGCAAUGGUGUCUCUAUGGGCCAUGCAUGGGCGAUAAAUCCUCGAUUGGUGUGUUUGGCGGGGGAGCCACUUGAAGCUCCCCGCCUGCACCCACGCGCGGAACUUGAGGGUAAACGAAGCAAGGAGGCGGGGCGCUCGGGGAAGACGACGAAGGCAACGUGCGCUGAGGGCGCAACAAAAAGUUGGGAAAAAAAACGAACGCGGUGAGGUGAGUCUGGUUUCAGCCCCACCGCCGGGCGCUUUCAUCGAUGCACAGGCUCCGCCCGCGCCGGGAGGCGCUGGAAAAACCAGUUACGUGAGCUGAUCCGCUAUAACUCCCCUGGCUAUACUACACUUAGCUCGAUCCCAACAGUUACGACGGUCGGGACCUUUUGCUUGGCGUGUCGCGCCGCCCGCUCCAGGGCCUGGGGCUGGGCGCACCACACGGUGCGGCCACUGGAGCGAGGCCCCGCCGCCGCCGCGGCCCCUCCGCUGGGCGGCCGCUCGGCCCCGCGGCCCCGCCCUCUCGGCCGCAGGCGGCAGGCGGCGGGCGGCGGCGGC